AUGACAGUAUUUGACUCGAAUACGAUUGCACUAUUACACGCAGAGCUGCGCGCGUUGACACUUCGUCCAAGGUCCACCAUCGGAACCGAAAGCACGCUGGAAGUAGAACACAUAUCCUCGCACAGGCGUCUUCACGACACGGAUGACAGCAGGGCUGAGCAGGACACUGACAGCCAGGACAAUGUGCAACUGCAUCUAAGACCUCCAACGGCCCAUCCCAGCCCCGGUCGAUACCACGCAGACGAGGAACGGAACAGCGAGCAGGAGGAUCAGGGCCCAAUGAGGGCAGAGGUCGCCGCGAGAGACUCACUUGUCGCAGGGGAGGAGUUGGACGCAACGACUCCCAGGAGACAACUCCCAGUGUACAACGACCGUUUGCCCACUCGAGAGCAGCCACAAACGCCGAGAGAGUUACCAGAAGCCCGCCAUCAGAGUCGAUUUGAUGGCGUUUACACGGCGCCAGCUGGAGGGCGACGUCAAAGAGAUGAGGCACAGCAAACUCCAUCUGCAGCUGGCAGAAGGGCGCGGGCCAGGCACAAUCGCAGUCCAACAGGACUGAGCAUCCCCGGGUUCCAAGGGCUCUACGGAGGAAACGAGAAUGCCGACGAUGACUGA